CCACACAACCUUAUCUCUUACCUUCGUUGUCUUAGUAUCAGUUAAAAAAAAAAUCAGUCAGAUUGCGAGUUACCGCGCAACGCACGAAGUCCUAUCCUAUGUAUCUAUAACAAUAUCCUACCGUCAAAAUCGAUACGCCACAACGAGGCAGUACACGUUGUUGUUUCGAGUGAGUUAGUGCCCGUUUAGUUGUCGCUAGAGUUUUUUUUAGUGUAGUAAACAAGGGAACAUGUUUUAAAUUAAACAUAGACUAAAUACAAUCAUGGAAAGUGUAAAGCGUUACAUACGAAGCGAAUCCGCGAGCUGUGCUCACAUGGUCGAAGAGCUCACCUCGAACAAUAGAAAAAGUACAGAUCCUCAUGAGAAAUUAAAGGCGCUGCUCAAUUCACCCGAGGAGGACACGGAUGACACCCUGCCCCCAUCAGACGCCCCGAAAUUCGGUACCGUCAUUCAUAACAGAAUCUUUGUUGGCGGAUUCUCUUUGACGACGACAGAUGAAGACCUGUGGAAGUUUUUCUCGGGCUUCGCAACCGUCACAGCUGCGAGGGUCAUCUAUGACAGAGCUGGUGUCUCAAAAUGCUACGGCUUCGUGACCUUCGCCAGCCCUCGAGUCGCGAGAUUGAUAGUCAAGCAGAGCGGUGGCGUUAUGUUUUCACCACUGGGACGCCUUCGUGUCGCUCAAGCUGUACGAAAGCAGAUAAGUCAACUGCCUAUGUUGACGUCUGAAGCUGCACCUCUUCAGGCACCUCUCUGCUAUCAGCUGAUUUGCCCUCCCCUGGCACCACUGCCAGCUUGCGCACCGUGCGAGAUGCCACCACCACCUUACGCUGUUUAUCCGCUACCGUUUGAUACUGCACCAGCAUUGUAUGCUCCGCCGACACAGUACGCGCUCUUACCAGCGCCUUAUAGCACGGCUUGCUGCGAGCCGUCAUGUUGCGCGCCAUUGGACAAACAGCCCCGCGUGCCAGCCCCCCCACUUCAUCCCGCUUUUAUUUACUGACUUUAUAUGAGUCAUCAGUUAAGAUAUAAUCGUUUAGAUUAAGUUUUAUAGCUGUAUCAUUAUUUAUAUUAUUAUCAUUAUCAGAUGAUGAUGAAUAAUUCAGAUUGAUUUAAGAUUUUAUAUUACAAAUAUUUCCCUAUUAUAUUUUCAGGUUCAGAAAUGAUAAAAUCAAUGUCAAGUUAUUUUGAAUCAGAAAGACACAAACAUCUCGUUUAGAUAUUCGAUAAGGUAUUUAUAAUUGCAAUGUAAGCGGCUUUUUUAGACAUAAUUUUAGAUUUCUGCAAAAAAAAAAAUAACCAUUCCUUUCGCUCGAGUCUUCCAAUCUUUAUUGUGCUCAAUCAAUUUAUGUGUUUCUUAAUAAAUUUGUUUCACGAUACAUUUGGAAAUGGCAUUGGAUUGAGAUGGUUGAGGUUUAUAAAGUGAUGCAAAAGAAGUGUUCAAGACUCUCGUCUAUUGGGUGUGUUUUUGACAAUUUUGUCUAUAUCUGGUUGUACCUAUAUCUUAGAUAAAUAAAAUGUUAUACAAUAAUUAGCUUCGAACAGGUACUUAUAAGAACGAUUAGUGUGGAUUCACGUGCUAUCAUUAAAUUAAGGUAAAAUAAAUUUAUCAUAACGUGUUAUGUAUAACAUUUGAUUAUUCAGUUCAAUUUUGGUCAAAUUAUAACUUAUUCAUCAUUAUUUCACGCGGAUGAUAUAUUUGCUUCUAUUUUCAAAUAUUUUUUGAUUUUAUCAUAAUGUUACUCGUUUCACUUGUAAGCAUAACACGUUCUGAUACGAUAUAAAAUAAUCAUUAUUAAUAAUGUUAUCAUUAAAAUAUGAGUGCGAUAGAACGCAACGAAUUAAAGCACAAAGUCGAUAAGUUGCUAGCAUUAGAUGAUAUUAUACCUCAAUAAAAGACAUUUGUUGAUAUCGCUUGUUAUCCUUAUAAAGGAUUUUCGUUCAUCAAUAGAAUAAGAUUGCUUUGUUGCCCUAAGACCUAGAUCAGAGGAAAAACUAUUUUUUAAACGUUUUCGUUACAAUUGCUAUUGACAAUGAGACAAAUCUGGGGUCCAAGAUGUGAUAGAUACUCGAAAUUUGAAAAUUUCUCACAUAUAAAUAUACCCUUAAAGUCAUUACGUAUAUUGAUAUUGUGAGAAAAAUUCAAAUUUUAAGUUAUUGUAAUCGUUGUUAACUGUUAUCUUGGAAGAGGAUUUUAGUAAAUAGUAUCAUCGCCUCAGAAAAAAUUAACAUAGUCAUUGAAAAAUUUGAUUCCAUUAUCGGUAUGAAGCGAAUCUUUAGCAUAUAUACUUAUAAGUAAUCGUUUAUCAGCUUGCGUAGAAGACUCUAUUUCAUUAAAAGUUAAAUCUUUAUCAAUGAAUUCAAUGUUAUAUUUAAAAUCAUACAGAAAUUUAUAUGGAAUGAUCAUUAUUAUGUUUAAUUUAUUAUCUAGAUUGUAGAUUUGUUUCAAUGCGAAGCACACUAUGGAAAUCAUUAAACAAUAAAUAGGACCAAAAUGCAAGGCGAUUGGAUAGAUUGUCCGAUUUGACGUUUCAAAUUAAUUUAUUAUCUUAAUCAUUUAACAGACUUAGGGCAUAGAGCACUAUAUUUUAUAUCGUCUUUGAAUAAUAUAUUAUAUCCUUAAUACGUUGAUGUAACUAUUCUGUGUGCUAAUUCUAAAGCCUGCUAUGAAGCUGAACCUAUCAAAGACUAUAAAUCAUAUUAUCGUGUUUCUCAUUUAGUAAAUAGUAAAGUAAAAUUCAAUAUAACUUCGAUGUUGUUGAUACGAGAUACCGUUAUUUUGUUAUUUAAUCUCAAGUUAGUCGUUACUGAAUCCUUAAUAAGAUUUUGAAAUUUUUAAUAUACUAUCGUAUUGAUGUUGCAUAUGUGUACGUAGAUGACGUCUUAGUGUUUAACGAAAUAAUCUAUGUGUACUUAAUUAUUCUGCCUUUAAAAUAAGCUUCGUCACAAUUAUAAUGACAGCAGCAACAGUUUCCGUCAUGUUCUUAAACUCUCAGUCUUCUAUCAACAGAAGACUACUCUUCAUCUUGUUCAUGUAUUCUUAAAUGUAAAUCAGUCUAUAUUAAAAUGAAAAUUCAAUAGCUAGUUUCAAGGCUGCAGGUCUGAAGUCCUGGCUCCUUUGCCUGGUACUAGUACUUGUACUGGUACAAGUUAUUAGGUUUUUCUUACAAAAAAAUCUCAGUAGCAGCAGUCAGUCACUCUCUGUCUAGUAAAGCACGUAAAACGAUCCUAAAUCU